AGUCUUUUUGUUUUUGGGAAAUUGUUUGUUAAAAAGAAGGGUCUAUCAAUAUAACAAUAUUAUAUUAGUCAUUUAAUAUUUUUGCAAAUUAAUAAAUUAUAAUGGCGUAUAUGCAGCAAGCCCAAAUGCCUGACCAGCAAUUUUUAUGGGAUGUGUUUCAGCGGGUGGACAAAGAUCGCAGUGGCUACAUAUCUGCCGAUGAAUUACAAGUCGCUUUAUCCAAUGGAACGUGGAGUCCAUUUAAUCCUGAGACAGUUCGUUUAAUGAUUGGCAUGUUCGAUCGCGAAAAUCGGGGCACAGUUUCGUUUCAUGAUUUUGGUGCUCUUUGGAAGUACGUUACGGAUUGGCAAAACUGUUUCCGAUCAUUUGAUCGUGACAAUUCUGGCAACAUUGAUAAAACUGAAUUAAAGACAGCACUCACAUCUUUUGGUUAUCGGCUUUCCGAUAAUAUUAUUGAUUUGUUGCUCCGCAAAUUUGAUCGUUUUGGUAGAGGAACAAUUUUAUUUGACGAUUUCAUUCAAUGCUGUAUUGUGCUAUACACAUUGACAUCUGCAUUCCGCCAACAUGACACUGAUAUGGAUGGCAUCAUAACUAUUCAUUAUGAACAAUUUUUAAGCAUGGUAUUCUCAUUAAAAAUUUAAUAUAAAUCUUUGACAAUGACUUUGAUAUAUGUUAACCUAGUAUCUUUAUUAACGAAUUCAAAAAUAAUCAAUAGUCUCAGUUCUAUAUUCCUACGCCCGCCUUAAGGUGCCAAAUACUGAAUAUGUACGAACAAUACUAAAAAUGUUACAAUCAUUGAAUAUUUUUAAUAAUGGUAUGUAUAGUGUCCGAUUUUUUCUGAUCUAUCGAGAAUAUUUUAGAAUAAUUGAUUUUUCAUAUGUAAUAAAGCUAAGCUUAAAGAAAUUUGUAUUACUACAUGGAAAAAUAAAUUACGAAAAAGUAUAGCCGUUAUUAACUAA